CAAUCAUACAUUUCAUGGUAAGCAACAAGUAUCACCGUAUGCGUUUGUUUAUGAUUUGUUAUUGUGAUCAAUGGUCAGUUUGUUCUAGCAACUCGUGAUAAAGACAUGUGUGUUGUGAUUUAUUAAUGCUAAAAUAAAAAUGAAUAAGUUAAGUGCAUUAAUAUCACGUAAAGAACAGUUACUAAAACAGCGUGAAGCCUUGCAAAGGAGACAACAGAUAGAUUUCAAAGAUGGCAGUAAUAGUGAUAUUGUCGAGGAGAGCGACACUGAGAUGUUCCCAAAAAUUUCCACAAGCAGCAUACGCAGCCAACAUAAUGUCACAAAUUUGUCUUCAGAAUAUCAUGAUAGUAACAUGAAUGAGAUUAACAAUCACAAGAUUACAAAUGAUUUGAUUACUAACUUGCCCAAUAAUCAUCAGUUACAACUUCCUAUUAUUCAUGAAGAGUCUGCCAAAAAUCACACUAAUGAUCCGACUUCUUGCACGAUAAAUAAUGUAAAAUUUUACACAGAAAACACUACACAGGGCACAAAAAAGAACAAAAUAAAUAUCAUCUCUGAUGUAGUUAUAAAACUUCCUAAUAAAGGAGUCUUGGGUAAUGAUCCCCACAAUCUCGCUGAUUCAGAGAGUGUUACAAUGACAGAAUUGAAAACGGUUGAAGCUGCUUUGAAAGUUAGUAGUAAAAAAACCACAACAGAGGAUCCUUUCACUAAAAUAAAUAAUGACAUCUCUGAAGCAGAUAUGGACGCACCACGCCACUUCACGGAUCUUGACAGUGACACAGAAAAGCUGGGGUAUUUGAAUCCGGAUUUAUAAAUGGUUUAGAAAACCAACAUGACAACGAAUACCAUGAAAUACCUUGCCCUACUAAUGAGCUACACACUAACUAUGAUUCAGGGCCAUGCAGUUCUAAGCAGGGUAGUGUUAACAGUUUAUUCAAUGAUAAGAAAAGAGAUAGUUCUACAUCUCAGGUUAUAACUGGACGAAAAAGGCGUAAUGCGACACAAUUCGAAAAAGCGUAUUUUGAUUU